CAGGGUGUCUAAUAUGCUAUGCUAGUAGUGAACAAACGGUCACUUUGUAAUCGCCAAUGCUACCGGAUCGUCCACUUGCAAGCUUGUCUCUCGGCAGGAGCAUCUCAUUAGUGUUGAAAGGUCUGACGACAUCAAAGCACGUGUCUCUCUCCACGUUUCCCGGCUUUUGCAGCACCUUGUGGAGCAGACAGCUGUCUGGAUUUAGAGAUGCGAUGACCAUAAUCCCAUUUGGCACCUUGAGGGGCUGCCAGGGCGAACACAAGGCAGAAACCCGUACGAGCACCGCAGAGGUUUUACCGCCAAACCGCGAGGAGCAGGAGGACAGAAAGACAAGAAGAAGAACAAGAAGAAUUUCAGCUUUGUGAAAGCCAGUUUGCAGCAUGGGGAAUACAAAGAGCAGUGCUUUGUCGAAGGAGAUCCUGGAAGACCUGAAGUCCAACACCAAAUACUCCGAGGCUGAGCUCUGCACCUGGUACCAGUCCUUCCUGAAGGAGUGUCCCAGCGGGAAGAUCAGCAAGCAGCAGUUUGAAGGCAUCUACGCCAGCUUCUUCCCGAACGCAGACCCCACAGCCUACGCUCGGCACGUAUUCAGGAGUUUUGACACCAAUGCAGAUGGCACUUUGGACUUUAAGGAGUACAUUGUUGCUCUGCACCUCACCUCCGGUGGAAAGACUCUGCAGAAGCUGGAGUGGGCCUUUGCCCUGUAUGAUGUGGACGGGAAUGGAACCAUCAACAAAAAUGAAAUCCUAGAGAUUGUUAGGUCAAUAUUCAACAUGAUUCCUGCUGAUGACCAGGACAACCUCCCUGAGGAUGAAAACACGCCGGAGAAGAGGGCUGAAAAAAUCUGGGAAUUCUUCGGGAAAAAGGACAACGAUAAAAUCUCAGAGGGAGAAUUCAUUCAAGGUGUGAUGGACAACAAGGACAUCCUGCGGUUGAUACAAUACGAUGAACCUCAGAAAAUUAAAGACAAGCUGAAAGAGAAGAAGCAAUAGUUACACAGGCAGGAAAAAAGGCCCUUCUUGUGCUUUUAAGACUGUUUUAUUCUUAUGUUUACACUCUUACAUGAUCUGGCUGCUUGUCCGCUUGACCCACGCUGCUCUUUUUUUCUUUCUUGGUCUUAGCAACCAGCCAAACAGUGUUGCAGUUUUGUUCAGAAAUCAUUUGAUACUAGAAAACAGCAACUGAGGAUCUCUGGAAAUGGCAUUUUAAGCCGUGAGUUUUGUGCGAUUACACUGUGGUUCUGUAUUAAACAUGUAGUGCAACAACAUCUUUAUAAGCCUCUAUAUCCCAUUUAACAAUGUUUGAACGAUGACCCCUCCCCCCCACCAUGCUAGCCAAUUUACUCUCUCGUGUCUGGCAGCGUAACAGCAUGUUUUUUCACACCUGGAUUCAUUCAUUAGGUUGACAGCAAGAAACUCGGGACGAGAGCUCCUUAUGAAAGGAAUUAGGCUCAGGUUAACAAUCCACCUGUAUCAGCCAAUCCUAUUAGGAGCUGAAGGUCAGUUGAGACAAACAACCUUACUCAAGUGUCUAGUUAGGAUAAUAUGGGUUUGGCACAGUGAGGGAUACACUGCUUGAAUAUGCGCCUCUGGAUGGCUUCUAUACUUUGCACAGUCCGACUUUAAUUUCAAAUCUAAUCUCAUUGCCACUUUUUUGUCAUCUUUGUUUUCAUUUAGUGUCCUGUUAUCGAUAUUUCUAGCAAGCUAAGUGAUUAAUGAAUGAAUGAAUUUAUUAUUUUUGUGUCAUACCAUUAAAGGAUAAGGAUGACUAUGAUUAUUGUCAACUAAUCUCAUGUGCAGAACAAUGAAUUCAUCUACUUAUAAGUAUCGUGUGUGUAUCCAAAGUCUGAUAUAUCUUAUUCCUGUGUGCUGUAAACCUCCGUUGUUGUCAAAAAAAACUAUUAAAAACACAUCAAUGAGCCACACCUCUGCACUGGGUGACAUGUUCCUUCAUCACAAAGAGUUUGGUCAGAAAUAGCUACAAGGAGUAAUAACAGUGAUCCUGUUUUCAGUCUCCGGAGAGUAGUUCUGUGUAAAGAAGACGCCACUGAGCAUGUGCAGGAACACUAUUUUGUUUACAGUGCUACACUAGCUUGUUGUGCUACAUAUUACAAGCUCUCAUUCAUUAUAAGUAACUUUAAAGUCCAGAUGAAACAAUGUUUUGAGAGUGAAACAGGACAGACAGGUGGCACAUAACGUUGGGGUGAAUUUCAUUGGAACACUGAAAUUUAGGCGUCUCUCUCCGCUGCUGAAAGAUUGAUUGAUGGGUGGAUGUCAUGAUAUUAUUGGUUGGUUUAAGCAUGUGUAAGGACACGUCAUAUUUAGUUUUACAGGAAGAAAACAUGCUUGGAUUUUGACAUAAGAGUAAAAAGAAAUUGGCAUAUAUUGUUGAAUAGGUGCACAAUAUGACCAAGGAUUUCAUCUCAACUUU